AUGGACGUUCUUGACGGCGUGCCGUGCUCGGUACUGGGGUACCCGGUGAAGACGCGUACCCAAGUGGUGAUGACCUUUCUGGUGCCGGUGAUCUUCGAGAUGAUGGUUUAUAUCGUGCUCACCACGGCGGACGUUCUUGUGACCGUGGAACACUUCCGCAAUGGAAACGCGUCGUGGGGCUGGUUUACGCUGUCGCUUAUCUGGUUGCCUUCGGUCGUCUGCUUCUGCUCCAUCGUGUCUACGCCAGAGCGCUGGCCCGAGCAGAUCGGCUGCGACAAACGGACCGGUCAGUUUCUGUUCAAAAACAUUGCCAUCCUUCUGCUUUUUCCCCUGGCGGCACUGUACAGAUUCAAUCGACGAAUUUUUUGGAGUAUUGAAGCACUGUUUCACGAAAAGGGCUCAUACGGGCGCGUGCAGUCUAUCGCGAAAAUACUGGAAACAUCACCCUGUGAGUUGUACCACUUUCUUCAGGCCUUCCUACAGGCCGCCCCGCAGAUGAUGCUCCAGCUGUACAUACUGCUGCGGGACGGUACCUUCCGCAACUACGACACGGUGACGGUGCAAGUGAUCAGUGUCGUCUUCUCCUUCCUAACGAUGGCCACCAUUAUCACCACGUACCAGCGCUUCGAGAGUCAAAAGAUCGUGGGCCGCUGCUAUCCGUGGAGUACACCCGAGCAGACAGUCUGCCGGCGGAAGGAACUACUCCGCACCACAAGCACGGCGGAGAGUGCCCUCGCCCAAACACCAUCGAUCGCACCGGAAAUAGAUCCGGUCGUGCCGAACAUUAUGCGUAACUUCUACUCACGCUAUGGUAGCGAGUUCGAGUCGCAAUCCGGCGCUCCAUCGGGUCACGAUGGAUCGAUUGGUCCGCGAAAGACACUGAAUGUUGACGCGAUCAACUUUAACCGACAGCAAUCGAAGGGCUACCGGGAUCCGUACGCCAACUUUACCGACGAUGCCAAGCUGGAGAUCACGGACACAGUGGAUGGUGAGGAGCGUUUCAAACCGAGAACGACGGGGCGCAGCGUUAGCUUCAAGGUGCAGGACACGGUGCAGGAGUUAAACGAAAUGGACCACUACCUGCGUAGCACGGAAGAUAUACGCAACUACACCGACGACAGCGACGACGAGUACCUCAAGCCGGAUGAGUUCGAUGCGGUCCCGAAGCGGCCGGCACCUCCAACACCGGAUGCCGGCGUCUUCCAGCGAGUGUCCGUCUUCCGCCACAUGCUACUGUACAACGCGGAAGCAUUCAUCAAGGAGAACGUUCCACGAUUGCCUCAAGGAAUGUUUGAACACCACCAGGAAGUAUCAAAAAAGACCGCGCGUAAGAAUCAGACCGAAGCGGAUCAGACCGAUGGAGAUGCGAUAUCGUUGCCCUGUCGCCGGCAGACCAUAGUGGGACUGGAGCAGGACGACAUUGCUGGCAAGUCGGUGCUGUUCGUCGGCUGGGUCAUGUUCUUGCUAAUGCGCAUGCUAAGCUUAUCCACGUUUUACGUGUUCUUUCCGCUCUACUUUUGGAUGCUGUGCGUCAACCACUACCUGCUCAUGAUCGCUUGCAUAGUGUACGAGGUUCGGUUGCAUGAAAAGCUUGAGCGCUACUUCUUUUACCUCUUCCUGGCCUACAUGUACGUUUUCUCACUGCUAGAGUUCAAAAUACGAUUCAUUCACGUGCGCUGGUGGUACAUCGGCUACAUCGGUAUCGUGCUGCUGGAAAACGUGGCCAUGCUGGUGGUGUGGUUCAAUUUGGGCGUGUUUGAGUCGUGGUGGUUCUACUUUCUACACCAUACGAUCAUUGCCAGCGGUGUGCUGAGCUUGAUGUGUUUCCUGUUUUACUACGUCUUCCUUCGGGCGAAAGAUAAAGUGUUGUUCGUAAACGAAACCGCUUAACCUCUCGGGCCAAUCAAAGGUUGAUCUCUGCAUGUCCUUACUUGACGAAACUGCAAAGCGAUGUCCUAUCGUGACGGAACUGCAUAGCGAUAUCGAGUUGGAGCAAUAUUUUAGUUUCGAUUAAUUGCUUUCGGUAGCAUUUAAAAGAAAAGUCAACCUUCACCAUUACAAGUCAUUUUCCACGACAGUAUACCUUUAAAAACCCAUCGUUCAGUGAUAAUUAUUCAACGCAAAUAUACCCCUUUAUUUAUA